AUGUCCCCCCUGCACUCCCGAUCACUGUCGACCGACGUCUACACGUCCUUUGGCAACUCCACCUAUCUGGCAUACAACUGUCCGGCGAUCAUCGACCUCGACCGCGACCCCGACAACCGCAACACCACCUGCCUGGAUAUGCAGCACGUCGGCGAGGCCUACCACAAUUACCAGCUCUAUCUGAAUCUCUGGCGCGAGCGCAGGAAUACCUCCUACCCCAACGAACAACAACGACCGCUCCCGAUCGGUUCUUUGUACGACAACACCACGCUGACCGGCAGCUGGAUCGAGCAUUGGGACCUCGCCGACAACUCCAAACACCACGGACGGCUGGUGGACAACGUCACGGCCGUCAUGCCGCACGGCUCCAUGCUGACGGUGUCGCGAUACCCGGCCAACGAGCUGCCGCCGCCGCAUUCGGUGUCCGGCGAGGGCAGCUUCGAACUGGAGGCCUCGGUGCUGUCGCCUGCGGUCAACGUGCUCUGCGUCGGCAUGACGGCGCACGAACUGGCGCCGCUGGUCUUUAACGAGUGGCCGGAAACGAAGGGCAAGUUCAACGCCUCCCACUGGCCGGGCAAGCCCGAAAACACGCCCAAGGAGGUCCCCGUCUAUCCGGACUGGCUGAACCGCACCGUUGUCGACGACUUCUUCUUCUGGGGACCCGACUAUGGUCUGGACCAGCGGCCCCCUAUCUUCGGCAAAUUGCCCAAACCCUACAAUACAUUGCUGAAUGGCACCGGCAACUACCCAACGCAGUCCAUCUACCUGCUGGGAGCCACACCGGACGACGUCCACGACCCGCCAUACGUGCUCUGCGGACUGCGGGCCAAACUGACACCCCGGUGCUCCACGCGCUACAACGCCACGGCCAACGGGGCGCAGUUGAGCACGCGCUGCGAGGAUCCCAACAACCCGCUGCAACUGGACAACGCCUUCCCCGACGCGCCGGACGCCGCCUGGGAGCCCGACUGGAAGAACGUGGCGUCCGAAUGGGCCACGUCGCUGAGUCUGGGCACCGGUAUCACGGACGGGCAGUCCAGCAACGCGCGUCUGCUGAUGCAGCUGGUGCCGGAGAAGCGCAGACGGGAUCCACUGCUGCCCUCGCUGGCCGAGGCAUUGGCCGUAAUGGCGGGCAGCGCGCUGGUGCUCGGUUCGCGCGGAUCGCCCGUGCAACCGGGGGACGCUGCCGCCAGUAUGGGCCUGCAGUCGUUUGAAGCGCGUGUGCGGUCCAUCGGAUAUGCAUCGGGGGGCACGCAGCGCUGGCAGGGCAUCUUCUACGUCAUCCUGGUAUUUGCCUUCCUGACCAGCGCCAUCUGCCUGGCGUUUAUUCUCUUCGAGGUGCGCGGUCGUCAAGUCACCGACUUUACGGACCCGCAGAAUCUGUUCACCCUGGCCAUGAACAGUCCGGCCACGCCGCGGCUGCAGGGGGCCUGCGGUGCCGGGCCGCAGGGACGACAGCUGAACGAGCGCUGGGUGGUGGCGAUGGAGGAACAGGACGAACAUUAUUAUCUACGCCCGCCGGGCGAGGCACCGCGACGUCGCGUCAAGUCGAUGGCGUCGAUGGAGGUCGAGGAUCCUAAACCCGCCAUUCGAUCCUCUCCCCAUCUCGAACUCAAAGCCGUCUAUUCGCGUUCCCUCUCCUCGACCCAGCAGGUGGCCCCUGACGCUCCUAUUGAUCGCUAUGCCGGCGACGAUCUGCCAGCUCUCCUGGCGCGGACGGACAUCCAUGCCGUGAUUAUUGCACUGGCCAUCGGUACCCAGUCCCCGUACAUUCGCGCCGCCCUAUCCGCCGGCAAACAUGUGUUGUCCGAGAAACCCAUCACCGAGCAUGUCGCCGAUGCCGUGGCCCUGCUGCAGUGGUAUCGCGAGACCCCCAUGGUGGCCACUUGGGCUGUGGCUGAGAACUGGCGCUACCUGGACAGUCUGGUGCAUGCUAGGUCGCUGAUGCCGCGUCUAGGACGUCUGUCGCAGUUUCGCACCUUGCUAUAUGAUAACAUCGGGCCCAAGUGGCAUCUCGCGCGAUAUUUCGACACCACAUGGCGUCAACAACCGAGUCAUCAAGGUGGGUACUUACUAGACUAUGGCGUGCACUCGCUGGCUGGCACGCGACUGCUCCUGGGUGACGAGCGUAUUGCCCGCGUGGCUGCCUUCACGCGUAGCGUCAACCCGGCCCUCCCCCCCUUGGACACGAUGGAUGCCAUCCUGCAGACCGAGUCGGGACUGCAGGGCACGGUGCAGUUUGGCCUCAGUACGUCCCUGCAGGACGCCGGAUGGACCGUGGUCGGCGAACACGGCCAUCUGCAAGUCACCAUGACGCGCGUGGUGUCUGUCAUCGAUGGAGAUGAAGAGAUCGUCGACUUCUCAGCGGACGGACUUGUAGUCCCGAAUGAGGUGCACGCCUGGGGGGAGGCGUUAUCUCGGGGGAGGGUCAACAUGCAGCAGUCGCCGGAGCAGGGCUUGGCUGAUUUGGAACUGAUUGAAGCGAUGCUGCAGAGUGCGGUGGAGAAAGGGAAGCCGCACGACUUGUGUCAUCAGCAUGUCGUGACAGAUUUCGAGAAGGAAUAA